UCUGGACGUUACCCUCUCCGCGUGCUGGUUUCCUUGGAGACCGAACCGGCCCGGGAGGCCCGGACAGGCAACGACGAGGCUGAGCUCCUGGAGAAGCCAAGAUGCCUCCGAAGAAAAAGGACAAACGGAAAGGGCUGGGCAAGGGCAAAGGCAAAGACAAAGACUCUAAGAAGAUGAUAAGACCAGAAGAUACUGUGGUGGAACAAGCCAAGGCCAAUGCCUCUCUUUGGGAGGCCAGGCUAGAAAUCACUGAACUCUCUAGGAUUGAGUAUCGUGAUACUUCUCGGAGACUGGCCAAAAGUAAUGAGGACUUAAAGAAACUGCAGUACAAAAUGGAAAAAGACACCAUGUCCAUAUUAAGCUACCUGAAGAAGCAGGAUCAGGAAAAAGAUAAUAUGAUUGAAAAGCUAAAACAACAACUGGCUGAGACGAAAGAAAAAGCUCAAGAGGAGAAGGAAAAAUUAGAACAAAAGCAUACUACACAAAUAAAUGAGCUGGAGGGACAGUUCCAUCAAAAAGCCAUAGAAAUUGGCAUGAUUCAGACAGAGCUAAAAACAAUAAAACAAUUCCAGAAGAGAAAAGUUCAAGUGGAGAAAGAAUUAGAUGAUCUGAAGGAAAAUUUAAGAAAUACAGAGAAGAAACAUCAGGAGUCUCUUAGCAGAUUGGAGAGCAGAUUUUUUGAAGAAAAGCACCGACUAGAAAAAGAGGCUGAAAAGAAGAUAGUAAUGCUGGCAGAGAGAGCCCACCAUGAAGCUGUGACGCAAUUGAAUGCUGCUGGAAGAAAUGUUUUUAAAGAGAAUAUUUAUCUCCAGAAAGCUCUCACAUACCACCUGAAGGAAGCUGAUGCUCUACAAAAAAACUCUGAGAAGUUGCAAGAGAAUCAUACUUUCCUUUUACAUCAAAAGGAGAUCAAUGAUCUAUUGAUUAAGGAAAAGAUUUUGCAACUUACCCAGCAGAGAACACAAAUCCAAGUUCUUCGAAAGAAGGUGGAAAACUUGGAGAAGGCUUUGAGUUUUAUGACCAAAGAGUUUGAGACUGAAGUUUCAAAACUGCAGCAACAGGCAAUUACAGAGAACCAAGCAGGUCGGGGGGAAAUUGACAAGCUGCAACACCUUCUUCAGCUGAAAGACAAGGAAAUGAAUCGUGUGAAGAAGCUGGCCAAGAACAUCCUGGAUGAGAGAACAGAAGUGGAAAGAUUCUUUUUAGAUGCUCUAUACCAAGUGAAGCAACAGAUCUUACUCAGCAGAAAGCAUUAUAAGCAGAUAGCACAAGAUGCUUUCAAUGUAAAAAUGAGAAAGGCAUAUGCAGGAAAAACAGAAUAUCCUCUAAUCAGGACAUUUGAUGGCAGAGAACACAGCACCAAUAGUGUGAAUCAGGAUCUUAUGGAGGCUGAAAAAUGGACAAGUUCUGAAAGAAAUGUGGAUAUUGCAGAUUUGACCUGGGAGCAGAAGGAAAAAGUCUUGAGAUUGCUCUUUGCAAAAAUGAAUGGUUUUGUUCCUAGGAAAUACAACCAGUGUUCUAGGACUUCAGUUCCAGAUUUCUUUGUUUCUGACAGUAGAGAAUUGAAAGGAUUUGGGGAUGAAAGUAAACUUCAAGAUCAAACCUUUAUCACCCAGCAAGUUGAAGUAUCAGACUCUAGUGAAAUGACAUCAUCUAAUACAAAAGGAUCUCAGGAGUCCAAGAAAGUAAGGAGUCUGUAA